AUGGGUUCUACAUGUGGACGGCUCCUCAACCUCGGGGGUAGCGGUGCAGGCCUCAUUCUUACUAGCCAAGAUGGAGUGGUCGUAGAACAAGCCCUACGCGUUGAGUUUCCUGCCUCUAACAAUGAAGCAGAAUACGAGGCGCUCAUUGCCGGGCUCAAAUUGGCAAAAGAGGUCGAGGUCAAAAGCUUGAAGGUCUUCAGCGACUUCCAACUGGUCGUGAGCCAGGUUUUGGGAGAUUUUGAGGCAAGGAAGCCGUCAAUGCAGAAAUACAUCCAAAAGGUGCGAGAUAUCACCUCCACAUUAAGCGCCUUCGACAUCCAGCACAUCCCCAGAGCAGAGAAUGCGAGGGCGGACCAGUUAUCGAAGCUGGAAAAUUUUCGCAUGAGCGAGCUUCCGAAGACUACGACGCUUGAGUACCUUCAAGCAUCGAGCAUCGAGGAGCCCAAACCAGUUCUCUGCGUUGAAACCGAGCCGAGCUGGAUAGACGCAUUCGUUAAUUACUUGCAGAAUGAAGUCCUCCCUGAUGAUGAGCUCGAAGCCCGCCGAAUUAAACGCUAG